CUUUUCCGCUCGGAUCUUUGAAGUGCAUCCGUUGUUCUGCGUUAUAAGGUUGCAUCCUUAUAUAAACUUUUUCCUUCAUCGGCAUGUCGAGAUGGUCAAAUUGAGGGUGGCUGAGCAUCAAAAGCAAACUCUUCUGAAAAUUAUUUAGGUGCUCUUUAAUUUAAUUGUUUAGAGCCCCGCACUUAUAUAAACUUUGCCGGGUUCUAUUAAACCUUCGUUUAGCGUGAAGAUGGAGGAAGAAUCGCAAAUGGAUACCCUGAGCAUCCACGCAUACAAUGAUAUCCCUUCUUCUCAGGAUUUCUCCUCUCUCAUAGAGGAUAAAAAUAUCCCAGCUGUUUUCCUUGGCCUCGUGAGGGAAUGGGAAGCUUUUACUAAGUGGAAUCCUUCAAAUGGUGGUCUCGACUACUUGCAGGACAAAGUUGGGUCUUCUGUUGUAGAGGCCAUGCUGUCUAGAUCAGGUUCUGUAUUUUAUGGUGAUAUUGGAAGCCAUGAAAGGAUUCCUUUGCAAUUUUCUAGCUUCAUCAGCUCCUGCAAAUUGCGUUUUGAGAAGUCCAGAAAUCUUCAAGUUGCUCAAAUGAUUCCAAAUAAUGCGUUCACAAGCGAACCAGUUGAUUCUGUUGGUAACUGUGAAAGUGAUGGAGAAACUUCUUAUCAGGCUUAUUUGGCACAGGUUCCUAUUUUGAAUGCUGAGGACCCUGACAAGUCUCCAUUAGCACCCCUUCAAGGGGAUAUUCAAGUGCCUCUGCUUUUGGAAAGAAAAUCUAUUUCAUCCAUCAACUUCUGGAUGAAUAAAGCUCAAUCAAGAUCGAGUACUCACUAUGAUCCACAUCAUAACCUUUUAUGUGUAGUCACGGGAUGCAAGCAAGUUGUUUUAUGGCCACCUUCUGCAACUCCCUCUCUAAAACUAAUGGCUGUUUAUGGGGAAGCUUCCAAUCACAGUGCUGUUGACAUAAAUAAAUUUGGCGCUUCGACUGAUAUUAUGGGCCUUUCGAAAAAAGUCAUUCUACAUGCUGGUGAUGCCCUUUUCAUUCCUGAAGGAUGGUUUCAUCAAGUGGACAGUGAUGACUUGACAAUUGCUGUCAAUAUAUGGUGGCAGUCUGAUAUGAUAUCAAGAUUGCUGGAGCACAUGGAUGCUUAUUACCUGCGGAGAAUAGUGAAAAGAUUAGUGGAUAAAGAAACGAAGCAAAUGUUGAACCCAAGUUCAGCUGGUAAUAAGAAUUUUGGAGUAAACAUUUCCAUGCAGCCUAAUGUUGGAGUAAAGGAAGUGAACAAUGAGCUGGCCACCACAUGCUCAAGAGGCUAUAUGAAUGUGAACCAACUUGGGAUAGAACAGUUCCAGCUUGAUCCAAUCGAACUUCAAUCUCUUCGUGAACUUGUUUCGUUUGUUCAUGACAAUUUCGGUGCUUCUGGUCAGAGUCAAAUGCAUUCAAACAUUGGAGAGCAAGGUUUAGCUGGGGAUCUUAAUGGUGAAGUUGCACCAAGGUUGGUUACUGAAGUGGAUUCCUUUUCCUUGGAAGAUGAUGUAGUUGCUAAAAUCCUCUGGAACCUUGAACCAGUCAAGCUCCAAAAUGUCUUGCUCGCGAUGGUGAGUAAGUUCCCAAGGUCAUUGGAGACACUCAUCCUGCACAUGCUUUCACCAGCAGCUGCUGAAGUUCUUACACAGAAGUUUGAUGAGAUGGAUAUACAAGUCAAGAAAGUGGACCAGAAAGAAUUCUACAGGCAAUUCUAUGGCAUAUUUGAUGAUCAAUAUGCUGCAAUGGAUGCCAUUUUGAAAGGGAAAGAGUCAUUUGGGUUCCUGGCAUUGGGAAAUGUACUGGAUCAUUACCUAGGUGUAUGUUGCGAAUGCCCUAAAGAGCUCAUUGAUAAGGCAGAGAUGAGGCCAAGUUCCUAAUAAGGAGAGCUAAUAUAUUAUUUGUUGUCCAACCUGUAUCGCACCCUUUUGCUUAGCAUGAGGGGAUGCACAGCUGAAAAACAGUGAUUUUAUCACUCAAGACAUCAGUGCUCUCAUAGGAGUGAUCUAUCUCCAUCCCAUGUUUAAUGGUGGGUUUACGGUUAUUUGGGGGUCAUUUGUUAUUUUUACUCAAGGUUUUGCUAAAUGCACCAAUGUUUUUGCUUUUCCCGCCCUAGAUGGUGGGCGGAAAUAUGAAAAGAUCCAAGGGACUAGGAUUUCCUCCCUCGUACAUAGUUGCAGAUAGCAAAACCUCGUGCAGAUGGUAAUCCCCUUGUGCAUCUGGUCGUUUGGCCCUAUGUUGCAUGGGCAUGAAAAGCUCAAGUCUGUUGCUUUCCAAGAAAUAACCAUUUUUAUUUCCAAGUCCUGGAAUUAGAAUUAGUUUUGUGACGUACAUGUAAGGGAAUUUUCUUUUUUUGUUUAUGUUGCUUGGGAUUCUUUCAUUAUGAAAUAUUUCCAAUGCUUUAUUUUCAUAUAUUGACUGGAAAAUUGUAUAUAAAUGUACCUGUGGAUAGGUUAAUGUA